CUACAGCAUAGUCCGUCCAGACGACAAUGAGUGGGGAGUUCAAAACGACACAACGGACACUUGGUCAGGCAGUGUUCAGCUUCUUCACGCCAGGAAAGCCGACUUACUUCCCUUUCUAACGAUAACCAGGAAGAGGAGAGAUGCUAUUGGACUAUCUAACUCAAUCAUGACCAAUCAGAUAGUAAUGUUAGUACAGAAGCCAGUAGAGCCACCCAAUACGUAUUUAUUCAGUAGACCUUACAAGACUGAGGUCUGGAUAUCUAUCGUGGCUGCAGUUCCCAUUAUGGGUAUUAUCCUUUAUAAGGUAAACAAGUGGAGCCCUUACUAUCGAAGGCAGACCAGCGUCAACUAUGAUAAGGGACUAUUCAAACUAAAGAACUGCAUUUGGUAUGUCUAUGGUGCAAUUCUCACCCAAGGAGGUGAACAUUUGCCCGACUCAAUAUCGGCACGUAUUGUGGUUACAACAUGGUGGUUAUUUGAACUUGUUGUCAUAGCAACCUAUAGUGGUAAUCUUAUAGCCUUCCUUGCUUUUCCCGAAGCUAACUGGCUGGUCAAGUCAGUGGAAGAGCUUGCCAGUCAUCAGACAACAACGGUUCUGUUGGAAAAGGGAACCGGAUUGCACCAGAAAAUUCAAGAAUCCAAGAUUCAGUCUCUAAUGACUCUCAACGAUCGUCUACAAAAAAACCUCUACGCUGAAUUAAUUUACGAUUCAAAUAAACAAACUGAACGGCUGGCAAAUGGCGAGGCUGCUCUUCUGGGAGAUGAGUAUGGACUUUACCGGGUCAUCAGUGAAGAUUUCAACAAAGCCAAUUCCUGCAGGUUGGCACUGGCUCCAAAGCCCUUUUCAGAAGUAUUCCAGUUGGCUAUAGCUACAAGACUUGGUAGUCCCUACCUCGAAGGCCUUAAUAAUGCGAUUGACAAGCUGUGGGAUGUAGGGAUUAUGCAACACUGGGUGGAAAGGUAUUUUCAAACUCAAGUUUGCACCGUAGUGACGACAAAAAUAACUGGAGGUAACAUGGACGUUGACUUGAAAGACAUUAAAGGAGCAUUUUUCAUGUUAGGGAUAGGUUUUUUGUGCUCUACACUCGCCAUUUUUGCAGAAGUUGCUUGGAAUCGUCGUUACUUUUGCAAGAAAACUCAACAUGGUAAAAUCUUUCACGUUAAAAACAGUGAAAAAAUACGAAUUCCGUUAAAAUAAAGUAAAAACUAUUUAAACUUAAUCGUCUUGUUUUACCACAGGACAAGUUGAAAAAUGUUAUAAUGUGUUAUCUAAUUAAUUGGUUCAACAUGGUUUGUCUAAAAUUAUAUUUGUAACGAAAAGAACUUGAGAAACUGUAAAACAAAAGGUUUUGCAUCUUGUAUGUAAAACAUGCAACCUUUUGAGACAGCUAGAAACAUACAUGAAAUGAUACAUUAUAUACAAUAUUGUACUUGUAACAAACUUGAACAUUUACCCUUUCUCACACACACUAAACAAGAAAACUUGUAAAUUAUUGCACUUACACUAUAAUUCUAACACCAACUCCAAGCACCAUUUUGAAAUACACGUAUAUAUAUAUAUAUAUAUAUAAUUCUACUAUAAUUAAGGAAGGAGAUGUUAAUUUUAUCCUUGAUUAUAAGUAAGUAAAUAAGAAUAUUACUU